GACACAGCCUCCCCUCGCACGGCGUGCUGUGGGACUGGCGGCUCCGGAGCAAGUCCCUCAGCUGAGCGCGUUAGCCCGUCCCACUUUGAGGGAGGCGCCCAGGCUGCUACGGGGUUAGGUUGAGGCUCCCUGCGUGUGUCUAUAACUUUGUGUUGCCGCUGCUGGUUGUUAGGAGAAGGAAUGUGGAAGUCAGCGGAGUGGAGGGCGCCAGGCUGUUCCGGCGAGCGGGCUGCGGCGACGGCAGCGUUUCUCCCCGGCGGCUCGUUCGCCUUUCGCCGCGGCGUUGCAGGAAGCUCGUUCGCGCCUCCCGCCUCUCGCUCCAGCCCCGCUUCUUCGCCGUCUGCCUAAAGUGAAAGGCGCUGGAGCCGCAGCCCCAGGAAGCGUGCGGCAGCGCUGCCGCUUUCUCCGGCGAACGUCUCCCUGGGAUUUUGCUUGCUGUGGGGAUGCUCCCUUUCGGGUUCUCGUGACUGGGAGCCGGCCGCCCGUUCUGCCUUCUUUCGCUCGUGUGGACCUCGCGCCGGUCUUUUGGCCAAGGCUUUUGUUUUUUUAAAUGACUUGACUAAAGAAGGGAAACUGUCAAGAUGGCAGCAGCAGGAGCGCGGAGAUUAUGAACGUGGUGUCGGUGCUGGAACAAAACCCAUCUUCUUGGCAGCCCUGCGGAGCGCUUCGGGCUUUUGGACCUGUUGGAAGAACGGCGGUUUAACUGCUGGGCUUUCGAGCUUCUCUCCCUCUCCAUUGAAGGAUCAGAGAGUUCCGGCUGUCUCCCCUUUCCCUCCCUCCCUCCGUUUAAAAGAUUUGCUUUCCCUGUUUUUGAAAACCCUUCCCUUCUCUUCAGGGGAGGGAAGAGGCGGCAUGCACAGCUGUGGCGAAUGCGGCCGGAUGCCUUGUGAGAGUUCGGCUCCCGAGGAAAGGGCGCUGUGAAGGGAGGCAGGGAGGGAGGGGAAGUAUCGGCGGGGACGGCUCCGAGAGAAGAGGCGAGAGCAACAAGCGAGAGGCUCGGCCUGCGCUUGGAUUCCGGGGAGGGGGCGCGGGUCUCUCGCGGAGGAUACGGCGCGAUGCUAUUGGAGCAAUCUGGCACGGGGUGAAAGAUAAACAAACACGCGGCACGCCACCGCCGAGUCUGCUGGCCUUGGGGGUGCAGCGAGCGCCCGCCAGCCGUCGGGACCGGAGGAAGAGGCACAGGAGCGUCCUCGAUCCGAGAGCAGGAGGCUCGCGAAUCGGGCUGCGGGGGAGGGAGGAGCGGCCGCCGCCGCCGGACCUUUAAUGGAGAGCGGCGCCUUAGCUCAGCCCCGCUGAUCGCUGCUAGGAGGCGGGCCGGGCUGCGGAUCGGGCUCCUUCGGCCCCACUUCUCCCAGCCAGCGGCCGACCGGCAGGAGCGCCUGCGGAGCGGGGGAGGCCGAGAUGGCAGAGGCUUCUCCCCCGGCGCCGCUGUCCCCCCUGGACGUGGAGUUGGACCCCGAGUUCGAGCCCCAGAGCCGCCCUCGCUCCUGUACGUGGCCCCUGCAGAGGCCUGAGCUGCAGGCGAGCCCGGCCAAGCCCACGGGCGAAUCGGCCGCCGACGCGGCAUCCAUGAUCCCGGAGGAGGAGGACGACGCCGACGACGAGGAACAGGGAACCGGCUCGGCCAUGACUGUCGCCGUUUCCAGCGGCUGCGGGAGCGAGCCCCUGGCCCCCGAAGAGGCUGGGCGCCUGCUGGCUCCGCUGCCCGGUGAGGGGUCCGGCCAGGGCGCCAGCGCGCUGAGUGGCGGGCAGCAGCAGCAGGGAGCGGCUGCGGCGCCGCGGAAAUGCUCGUCCCGGCGCAACGCGUGGGGGAACCUCUCCUACGCCGACCUGAUCACCCGCGCCAUCGAGAGCGCCCCAGAGAAGAGGCUCACCCUGUCCCAGAUUUACGAGUGGAUGGUGCGCUCCGUGCCCUACUUCAAGGAUAAGGGCGACAGCAACAGCUCGGCCGGCUGGAAGAAUUCCAUCAGGCACAAUUUGUCCCUUCACAGUCGAUUCAUCAGGGUACAGAAUGAAGGAACUGGGAAAAGCUCGUGGUGGAUGAUCAACCCAGAUGGCGGGAAAGGUGGAAAAGCACCACGCAGGCGUGCUGUUUCAAUGGACAACAGCAACAAGUAUACAAAGAGCAGAGGACGAGCAGCUAAGAAAAAGGCUGCUCUACAAGCGGCGCAGGAAACUAGUGAAGACAGCCCUUCUCAGCUCUCCAAAUGGCCCGGCAGCCCAACCUCACGUAGCAGUGAUGAGCUGGAUGCAUGGACAGAUUUCCGGUCCCGUACAAACUCCAAUGCCAGUACGAUAAGUGGCCGCUUGUCACCAAUAUUGGCAAGUACUGAGUUAGAUGAGGUCCAGGAUGAUGAAGCUCCAUUGUCACCCAUGCUGUACAGUAGCCCACCCAGCAUGUCUCCAUCAGUAAAUAAACCUUGUAACGUUGAGCUGCCUAGGUUGACUGAUAUGGCUGGCACCAUGAACUUGAAUGACGGCCUGACAGAUAAUCUUAUGGAUGACCUUCUGGAUAAUAUUACUCUCCCCUCUUCCCAGCAAUCACCCGCAGGAGGACUCAUGCAGAGAAGUUCAAGCUUUCCGUAUGGAUCCAAAGGUUCAGGUCUUGGUUCUCCAUCAAGCAGCUUCAAUAAUGCUGUGUUUGGACCUUCAUCUCUGAAUUCCCUCCGUCAGUCUCCCAUGCAAACCAUCCAAGAGAACAAGCAAGCUACAUUUUCUUCCAUUUCUCACUACAAUAACCAAACGCUGCAGGAUCUGCUGGCAUCAGAUUCGCUUAGUCACAGUGAUGUCAUGAUGACACAGUCCGAUCCACUCAUGUCACAGGCUAGCACAGCUGUGUCUGCCCAAAAUGUACGCAGGAGUAUCAUGCUUCGGAAUGACCCAAUGAUGUCAUUUGCUGCUCAGCCAAGCCAGGGCAGUUUGGUCAAUCAGAACCUGCUCCAACACCAGCAUCAGUCCCAGAAUUCUUCUCUCAGUGGCAGCCGUGCCUUGUCAAAUUCCAUUGGUACUAUAGGUUUAAGUGACACAAACAACAUUGGGUCGGCCAAACACCAGCAACAGUCACCUGUCAACCAGUCUAUGCAAUCACUCUCUGACUCACUCUCAGGCUCUUUAUAUUCCAACAGUGUGAGCCUUCCAGUCAUGGGGCAUGAUAAAUUCCCCAGUGAUUUGGACCUAGAUAUUUUCAAUGGGAGCCUGGAAUGUGACAUGGAGUCCAUUAUCCGCAGCGAACUCAUGGAUGCAGAUGGGCUGGAUUUUAAUUUUGAUUCCCUCAUCUCCGCUCAGAAUGUUGUCACUCUGAAUGUGGGAAACUUCACUGGUGCUAAGCAAACUUCAUCGCAAAGUUGGGUUCCAGGCUGAAGGAUUUAUGCAAAGAGGUGAAAUGGUCAGUGCAGGCCCUUAUACUGACACAAGAACGAAAAGAAAAAAAACCCUUUGCCAAAUCAACUGUCAGCAAGUGGACAGAGAUACUGUUUACAGCUUAUAACCUUUGUGAAUCCUGUAUUAUUUUCCUAAUGAAACAGAGACUGUUAAUGAGCCCCAGAAUCUGAGUGAGAGACUGCUUUUUCUGGAACUCAAUGCAUUCUUGAAGUAUGCAAAAACUUCCUAUUGUGGGAUGGGCAAGCACCAAUUUGUGGAUACAACAUACAGUCACCAUCCUGCUUCAGAACACACUGUGUAGCCUUUAGGAUAGUUUUAUUUGUCAAACAAUAUAUGGUGUUCAAUAUGUUAAUGGGUUGCAGAAUGCUUUGGGUUGGCUUUUUUGCCCAAGGUUUACCCCACCCCUACUCACCUUCUCUGAGGUGAUAUUUUUACCCCCUCUGAAAUGCUUUAAUUGUUCCUUUUUCUCUUUUUUACAUGCUGAUUCUUUAAAUUCAGAAUAAUAUAUGCACAAUGAAAAGCUAAAUCAGUUUUGGUUCAGUAGAUCAAUACCACUUGAAUGAUGCAGCUUUUAUAACAUAGCCAAGUGAUUGGAUUCAAGACUUUAUGGGAGGAUUUUAAUAUUUUUUGUUUGGGUUCCCCUCCCCCUCCCCCGGGUUAGUUCUGAGAGCAAUCCUAAGCAGGUCUACUCAGAAGUAAGCCCCAUGUUAUUGAAUGUGGCUUACUGUCAGGAAACCAUCCUUUAAGAUUGCAGCCAGAGUCUGACUGAGAUCCAACAACCCCUAAGUAAGUUUUUCCCCUUAAUGUAUGGGGUAUGCCCUUUGUUUAUUCUCAGCAUCAGGAGGGUGGAUUUUACCUCACAAAAUUAGCCACCACCAAUGCUGCAUCCUAGCCAGUGUUCAAAUGGUAUGAGGGAGAUGGGCAUUUCAUAGAGUUAGUCACAAACUAGUUUGCUGUUGGUUAGGCCAAGCCUAGCCUUGUGUGUUGUGCUAGCAUGUUCUGCCCAAAUAGCUGCAAUGAAUUUUAUUUUUCAUCUAUCUUAGCAACUGGAUGGUCUGAAAAUGAGUAAGUGACGCGGCACAGUUUAUCACACCAAACAAUUUGACCAUAACUAUCUAGAAGGCAACAGCUUGCUUUCAAAUUAUAAUAACAAUAAUAAUAGCGAAAAAUGUAGGACAUAAAGAAUAGACUUACUACAUUUUUAAAAACCAGAGUUUUGUGUAUAUGCAUCAUCCAGAACUUGGGUGGUUUAUUACAUUGAUAAUUAUUUUUUACAUCCUAUCCUUGACUGGUCUUCUUGUAAAUGUGACACUGAGACCUGAGAGGAGAAGCUGAGGGUUGGCAGAAAGGAGAGGCAAGGGAGGGAAAACCAUACAGACAGCUUUUCAUAGGAGUGUUGACUGUAAUUGGAUAAAUUCCACUGAAAAACAAAAAUAGUUUUUAUAUAUUUUGUUUAUAUGAGUUUCUUUUGUAAAUUUUAAUAGUUAUGACAAACAACAGUGAUGGUGCUGUGCAGAUCCUCUCUUCUGAUUAUUUUUUACUGGAAUCUCUUUUUUGUGGGGAAAGAGGGAGAAGAGAGACAGAAGGAAACCCCAGCGGUACAUUUUAAAUUAAAAAAUAAAACAUUGGAGUGAAGACACUUUGGCUAGGACAACGUAUACCUAUCUCUUCAAAGUGAUAUGUGAAGACGUUUUUCUUGGCAUAAAGAUGUAAUGCAUAUAAAUAUAUAAAUAUAUUUUAUUAUGUACAGAAACAGAUCAUUAUGCAUGAGUGUUAGGAGAACAGACUAGCAUUUUAACCCAAAGUUUCAGUGCAUGAGUUUCUACUGGCACAUGAACCAUGUACAAUAUGAUGUGACUCCCUUCAGCCACUACAUGCAAGUGUGUGUGUUCCCAUAGACACACACAAGCACACACACACACAUCUCUGGGCCCUAUAAUGGUCCUUCUUUUCCAACCCUCUGAGGUAAACUUGGUGAAAUCACAGCUCCUAGUGUGAUGGAAGUUUUGUUUUGUACUGUAGCCUCCUCAUGCUUGUGCUACGCUACUCUAUAGAUGAACAUGUGAACUCCAUCAUGCAGUUCAUAAAUGAAUAAUCUGUGCUGUUGUGGUUCUAAGUAGAUUAUAGAACAUGAACUUUCCAAAUAGUCAAGAUUUUUAUCAUUUAAAAAAAGACAGACUAUUUUUUUAAUAAUGAAGGUGGUGUAUUUGUCAAUGGCAGGGUCUAGUUUAUCAUAUUUCUUUAAUUAGAAAUAACCAAUGUGUUCAUUUGCUCUCUGCAUUGGAAAGGGCUUCCCCGAGAGGAAAACACUAUAUUAAAACAUUAUCUGUUCCAGGGGCUUAAGAAAGGUGUCAGUUUAUUUAGAGAAACUCAGAUAUAGGUACUUAUUACCAAAGCUAGUUAAGAAUUUGUUUAUCUGCCUUCACUACAUAAGAGUAUCUGGUACAUCAUUAAAUGUGAAUUCAUCUGACAA